GUUAGCCGAGGAGCUUUCGGUUAGCCCCGAAGCUAGCAGGCCACAUACACAAACAUGGACGAUGAAGAUCUGGACGAGCUGCUCGAUGAAGUUGAAAAGAAGUUUUGCAGCAACGUUUCUGUCACGUCUUCAGCUCGCGUGGACUCGAGCGAUGCUGGGAAACGCGGGAAAGACAACGAAGGACAGAGAAAACACCGCGCCACAAAACCCAAACAGCCGAUAAGCAGCGUCUCUGAGGAUAUUGACGCCCUUCUGGAGGAAUUACUGGAGGAAGACUACAGUGAUUCACCUCAAGUAAAGACUGAACAGUUUCCUAAAGGGACACAAGACAAGAAGAAACUGUCGUCUCAGUCUGGAGGGAGAAAGUGCUGUCCUGUUUUCGUUGGCGGGAGCUCUGUCACAAAUGGUGUGGGAACAGCCACAUCCAAGAGGUCAUGUGACCAGUUGCGUUGUAUAUCCUGUGACUUCCGGGUGCUGAUGUUUGAUGACUGUGAGUGGGACUCGUCCUGUGAUUACCUGUUUCUCAGGAACAACAUGCCGGACUGCCAGAAGCUCAGAGACAAGCUGAAGAAGAGGAGAGGUUUCCGGGCGUACGCCUGCCAGUGCAGCUGGUUCUCCACGUUGGAGUCGACGGACCUCCGGGACCAGCCUGAACUCCGAUGGGUCUGUGGCAAACACCAGGGCUGAUAUUCAUGCCUCACUGCUGCAAGAUGGCUGUUUGAAAACUGCCUUUUGCUGCUUAUCUUUUCUCUCUGUCUGUUCAUCUGUUAGGCUGAGUUCUGUCCUUUAGUCCAUCCAUCUGUUCAGCAGACUUUCAGAAACAUUAGAAAAACACCAAAUCCAUUUUCAGACAGAAAAAUCUGCAAUGAAAAGGACCUUCAAGUAGGAGACUUUGGCCAAAUAUAUUUAUAAGGAACAGUUGACAGCUACCAAUAACAUUGGCGAUACAGAACAGGUUGUACUAUAUGAUGAGUAUGUAUUAUUUAAAUUAAAUUACAGGCAAAUAUGCAUUGUUGCCUUUUAGUUGAUGGUUCACCAUCCACAGUAUGUUUGUCAGUGGGUGCUGCCAUUGUCGUGUGACCUCAGACAGUUACCUCUUCCUGAAGAUGAAUGUACACAGAGUUCACAAGCAGGAACUCACUUUGGGUGGCGUUGAGUUGUACUUUUUCUAGUUGGAGGUCAUAAAAGGUUUGAGUUCCGAGUUGUCUUGAACGCAGCAUCACUCAGCUGCUAGGAUUGCUAAAUUAGCAGCAAGGCUAACUGAGCUAAUUGCAGUUAGCAGCAGUUAUGGCCUGAUAUAUACAUGAGAGUGAAUUAUAGAGGUGGAGAGUCUCAUCUCUUACACAUUGUACCUUUUUUGUAAAUGGUUAAUCUGAACCACUAGAAAGCAGAUAAGUUUAGAGUUUUAC